CUUUUCAAUUCAUACAUGCUUAUUUUAAAUUUUGAUUUAAACCAGUUUUGAAUUUUUAAUUUGAAUUAAGUUUUCUGCUCAGCAGGUUAAAGACAGAGAAGCAGUACUUUCCCCCCCUUGUGGUGAAAACCAGCUACUCCUUCUCCCUUGUUUCAUUACUGUCUUUUAAUUUGAUGUUUAUUAUUUUGCUUCUCUCUUUUGACUUAGGUUAUUUUGAUAAUUACCAUUAUUAUCAUAAAUUCCUUUGUUUUGUUUUAUCAUGAUUAGGUAAAGCUGUUACCUUUCCUCUCUACAUAUAGUUACUCAAUUGAUGUUAAACAAACCAAACCUUAAUUAACUUUAAGUUUCCUUUGUUCAUCCUUUGUGUAUUUGAUUGUAGAACUCCCUUGGUGAUUGGACAGUCAUCUCAGGUUUCCAGUGAGCAAGGCUGCCCGACCGGUGUUACCGAUACUGGCUGCGAGUGAAACUCGGUCCCUCUUGUCUCAAGAGACAUCAGCAAUUUUGGCACUCCAAAGGUUGUGCUAAAAGUCACAAGCCGUGCUGUCCUGCGACACGCCAGAGUAACGGAGGACCGGGGACACUGCGGUUCCGUGUUUGGGGAGCACCGGGGAGGUUGACCAAGCCACUGGUUCCCACCUGAAUGACUUCAAUUCAACCAGAGACAGUAACCUGGGAGCCACCAACGAAGUUAAAUAGUAGAGCGACCACCAGCAGCCGGUGUCAUCACACGACCCGCUAGGCUACUGCCUGUCAAAUCUCCAUUUCAGGUCCUUCGUUGACCCAAGUUAAUUGGCUACUUAACUGUCUGACUGUUUGCAUCAGUCAGCCCCAAAAUUCUCAUAAACGGCACAGCCCGUAUGAAUAUAGCUCGUUAAACGUAGAACGAACUUGCAUUGGUCUUUUUGUGUGUGUGUGCUGUGCUUCUCUCACCGACAGAGAAUCAGGAUGUUCCAGGCAUCCAGUCCAGCAGUCCACGGGGGCCACCUCUCGACAUGGUUGAAAGCAGUGACGACCCCCUUCCUGCCCAAGGAUGCCAUUAACCUGCAGCACCCAGAGCAACUAGACACCGAGCUAGAUGAACUGAUGGCACGCGAUCCAAACCAAAGCGACUACUACAGAGAACUCGCCAGGAUCUUCGGAAGCCCAGUUCCCAUUCUCGUCGCCCAGGCACGGCUCAGUGAACGGAGCAACAUCGCGGAGGAGGCCUGGAAGGACCAGGCCCCAACCCAGAGUCAUCUUGAUCAGCUUCUCCUCGAGACCCAGAACCAGCUCGAGAAAGAGGACGACACAGAUCCAGAGCUACAGACAGGAGUUGAAAGACUUCACAAUGCCCUGCAAGAUCUUCGCCUCGACACAGAUCAAAGAGAACAGCUGGAGAGAGAAGCCAGAAAAGAACUCAACAAAAAACUCCAGCAAGGCGACGCUCUCCUAAAAAGAGCAGAGACUGAAUUGAAAGAAAGAGACUAUAAAACCUGGGCCUGCAAAACACACUUGCAAGCGGCCCGAGCUAAAUUCAACAAGCUUACUCAACAGAGAGAUGAGCUCCAAGAUGAACUUGACACUGUUCACACCGAAAUGAGACAAUCUCACAGAUUUCAGAGUGGCUGGAUCGGAGAAACGCACACCACAAAAUUUCUCCCGGGCCGCCACUCCAACCCUUUCAGCCAAGAACCCAGAGCUGGAAAAGGGGGUGUAACAAGAACCAGCUUACAAGAACAUCUGUCAACAACGGAGGGAAGAGAACCCUUCCAGAGAACGCAUGUCACCAAACCCUGCACUGCUCACAGAGAACUUCACAAGCUAGCCAGAAGCAUCUCUACAUUCAUUCCAGAUCCUGCAGGAGGACAUGAUGUUCAUGCUUCUUUACAAGCCAUUGACUUUCAUUUGCAAACUGUCGCCAACGUGACAGAUGUGAACACAUUGUACCUGUUAAAAAUCACGGCCAGCCGUGAUGUGCAUUGCUUUCUGGAUCGUCAACCAGAGACUGUCAAAGCGUACUACCAGCAACUGCUACAGACUUUGAUUCUUGAAUUCUCUGAUCCAAACUCAGAUCAUGGGCUCCUUAUUGCUAUGGACCUCAAACAGGGCCGAUUUGAAAACCCACAGACUUUCUGUAGUCAGCUACGAAACACCUACUUCGGAGCAUGCAACGAACCAGGUAUGGAACAGGAUUUCAACUUAAAAACUCUGUUCCUCCCAAACCUACAUGCCAGUUGGAGUUUUCAUCUCAGAGUCCCAGCGUGUCCCCGUAACAGAACUACACAAGAGUUACGGAACUUAGCCCACAAAGCUUGCACCAAGCAAAAGACUAUUUGUGAAAAGACUGUGAAAAACCCCAACGUCUCUGUCUCUGAGCACUGCUUGGAGUUAACCCUAGAUGGCGCUCUACAACACCACAGUCACAGACAUCUUUACAGAGAGUCAAUACCAUUCCAAGCCAGCAGAGGGCAACACAGUGCAGCCACGUCUGAGACAGCAGAGAUCCUGAGGGUGCUGAAAGAUCUUCUUCACAUGAAAACUCACAAGGAAGAUGAGCCAAGCACCCAGAACACUGCCCGUCAUCUACAGACCACAGAGCUAACUGUCACAGCACAAGGUGACAGCAACACCCAAGCUCCACAGUCAACACCUGCACACCCUGAACGAGACAGCACAGGUCCUCACACCAGGUACCACAAACACAAGGUACUAGAAAAUGCUGUUUUGACUACCUGCCUUUGCAGCGAGCUACACAAGACCGGUCCUCAUCACCCACCGAUCGUCCCACCUGCCCUAAUGCCAACAUUCCUGGGCAGCCCUGUCAAAAAGGGGGUGGGUCAAAAAGGAGUCAACAGGGAAGACCUGAUCGACACAGGAUUAAACCUGACGGUGAUCUCAUCUUACCUUUUCAAAAGACUCCAAUUUGAAGCUAAGGGACAAGAUCGAACUCUUACACCUCAAACUUAUGAACUGAAUGUACAGGUGUACAGACAGGAUGACAUCCAGUUUGAACAGGUUGUUUCCAUUCACCUGACAUUCGUUCCGAUGAGUCUAAUACAUCCCAUGUAUGUCCCACCAAUGAACACUCAUACAUUGCUCAUCGACAAAGACCUGCUAGAACACUUUGACCCUUUUCUGAACUUCAAACAGCUAAAAGACUUUGCUCAAGUGCGAGAACCUCUUUCUCUCCAGCCACACAGGUUGACAGAGCCAGACGGUCAGGUCACAGAGGUCACGGGAACCCCAGCAGCCAGCCAUGAGUACAACGCCCUAACAACAGGCCCAAGUUCAAGCCUCUGUACCUUAGUCAACAAACAGGGUACGGUGGUACCAGCUUACACCAAAGGGGUCGCUGUUCGGCUCAACCUGCAAGGUGGUCAAACCUUACACCACACGCUGGGUUUCUUCCAAUCCUCACCUGAAUGUGUGGAACUCGGACUCACACUUGCAAACAAGCAUGUCAAACACCAACACCUGUUCCAGCAAUGUGAUAACAUCACAAAAACACACAAUGUGAUCGUGUACUGGAAGAAGGAAAAAGGACACUCAAAGUUACCAAGUCUAGACGAGGACUUUAAAGAUCACACUGACACCCUUGCCAAAACUGGCACACUAAACAACAUUCUGUGGUCACUCCCAACCCACCCACCCACAUUCAAGGUUGAAGUGAUUACACACAGCACAAGAACUUUACUAGCUAAACUGCCUACCUCAGAAUCGCUUACGCAGGCUCCGUUGUCUACACAGACCAACAUAGCGGACAUGCAGGCUUCUGAAACCUUGAUAAUGACUUUGUUUUACCACCUCUCAGACCCCUCCAUCCACCCUGGCAACCAGUCUACAGUCACUGACAACCAAAGCCCCAGACCACUGCAUGAUACACAAACCAUGCUGCGUGCACAGAACAAUAUUGUGGGUUGUGCACCGUCUGACAUCACAAUGCCAGGGCGUGUAAUGCCACGGAGCAAAAGGGGGAUACUGCCAAUAUAUUUCCAUGACGCAGCAUGUGCUGCACCACGCAGCACCAGAGCCACUGACACAACACUGAGGCAAGCGUCAUGCCAGCAGCAAGAUGUGGCAAAACAUGGGCGAGGGCGAGCUAAACCCAGUCGCCGCCCACGAAGCAAAGAGACUGUCCUGUCCAACCAAAGACAGGCCUUGUUUGUUUCUUUCUCCCCUUUCUCUCUCUCUCUCCCUAUUAUCUGUACCAGGAUGCUGCUGUGGUUUGCCGUGCCGUGCUGUCAGCCAAAGAGAGGACAGCUGCCACCGAGAAAACCGCUGAGACUCCUGACUACCGAUGACAGGGCACACUACCCCAGCACUGUAACCGAAUACAGCUGUACAAGGUUCCGAUGGAGAGAGGACUCCCUCACUCACACUGAGGCCAAUGUCAAACACCUGUUCAGCCAACAUGAGAAAGUGACGGUUACACAAAUGGAGUUAGGUGGACACCACCACCGCUCCAAACAGUUCCCGGGAGCUUUGCUUAGAGCCGCUGCUGCCGCCAGAAUGUUUAACAUUGUUAUGUCCAGUGUCAAUGCAGCGAACCAGACUGUAAACUCCUUGAAACCACUGUUUACUGUCUUCCAGAAGAACUUUACCCAGACUCAGCUGCUUACAGCGUUAACAACAGACAUGCUGUGGGAGGUUAGCUCCUCCAAUGACAGCCUAACCACGAGUAAAACCCCACCAUACAUGAUACCCUUAAGCCUCGUGUUAACUGUGUUGUCUUACACCAUCACCAUGCCAGCUGACCUGCUACGAAUGCACCUGGCCAACUCUCUGAAUAGCGCCUUCCUACGGCAUGUAAACCCCAAACAGAGAGAAGUGAACGUGCUCCUGAACCAACUCAUCAGCGAGUCAAGCCAAGUCUACAGACCUAAAGACAUUGUCAGUGUCAGGAUGUGGAAGAGCAACACCCACACCAAAACACACAUUCCAAAUGUGGUGGCCUACCACGACAGCAACACACAGCUGUACCUGGCCCCAAACAUGCACAUGUGUACUUUAACCAAAGACAUUCAUUAUCUCUGCCUUAGCAAACCCUUCCUCAGACACAACUCUGAAGGAAUCUGCGAGCUGCAACCCUGGGUCAGCGAUACGCGCUGCCCUGCCGAAGCCAAGCCUCGUACACAAGUCACAGAAACGCAAGCAGAGAUUGUGGGUAACAGAUGGCUCGUCAACACUCCUGUGCGCUCAGCUAUGCUGACCUACGACCAGCAUGACACCGCCACCCGUGCCAACCUGCUGGACCAAGUACUGAAAGGUACCACCCAACACAUUGACAUUACUCCUGUCGAUACAGCCCUCCAAGCACUGUCUCGACAGCCCAUUCUGAACCAGUCAUCUGCGGUCCUAGCCUGGACUGCUGCCGACACUGCACGGUGCAUCUCCACCGUCAUUGGUCCCGCCCUGACUCUUGGCGUGACCUUCAUCCUAUACAGGAUACUCAACGAGAUGCAAACCUCUACAGCCAAACUCACGACAACUGUGGCUGGAGGUCCCCGAUGGAAUCCCCGGAAAGGGGGUGCCAAGUCAAAGUCAACACCGAACCUCAUCAAGGGGAGUCCUCAGCUUCAGGAACCACCUGCCAUCAUGACCCACCUGCUACAUGACCAUCACGAUUCACCUUUCAUCUGCCCAUCCUGAUGGUUGCCGUCCGAUGAUGUCCACACAGGGACUUCAUCUGACGAAAGGGGGAGAUGUAACAGAUAUGCAGGUCAGCGAUUCAUGGGUUAAAUUCUGUUUUAUAAAUUCAGACUGUUGGUACUAAAUGCCAGCCUGGCUGGACUUAAACUAUUUACGAUGCCCAUGCGAGCUUCAAAGAAGAAACGAAAACCCCCAACCCAAAUUCUUCCAACACUGGAGACAAAGGAACUUUUCGUAUAAGUUCCUUACUUUCAUUUUAUUAUUAAUAUGUAUUUUAAUUAUGUUUAUGGAUUGCAUAAAAUGGUUAAUCCUUGUUAUGUGAAGAGUAUAAGUUGCAAGCUUAUACUUUAGGAAAUGUCUCUCCUCACUUUAACUUUCUCAAAAGGAAAUGUUCUGCAACCCCCACACUCCUUGGUAGCUCGUAAAAUUUUACGACUACACAGGACAGGAGAGAAGCCAAGUCACUGGCUUCUUUUGAACAAUGCAUUCUAUGGAAUGUAUUCAUUAACUUUCUGUUUUCAUGUUUUAUAAAUGUAUUACGUAUUCCCUUUCGGUACAUUUAGAUGUUUCCCAACAUCUGCAGUGUUAUCAUGUGUUAAACAAAUCUUUAAAUGUGUAAUUCGAUCUAAAAAUUAGAUCUUUGGUCAUAUAUAUAUUAUGUCUAGUCUUGUUCUAAUCGUCAUGCUUUGACAGACCCAUUUAUCUAGAGCAAAGUAAUGAAAAAUGUAUUUAAUCUGGAAUAAUGAACUUGCUUUAAUAUUCCUGAUGAAAUCGGACAGGCCCUAAAUCAUCAGGGGGUUGUCUCAACCGAGACAAAGGAACUUUCCCUCCGCUUCAGAUCGCGGACAUUCAUUGGAUGCUCCCUCGAAAAUGGGCGUGAACUAUUUCAAGCUAUAAGAAUUGACCAAACAAGGUCCACCCUCUCUUGGCUCUUCGCUCUCUUCGUCGCUCUUCUUGCUCUUCUUCCCGUUCUCGGACACGUCGCUCCGCGCGGCCUCGGGCCGCGCUUGGUUCUCCUCCCCCCUCAGCACACAGACUGAGGAGAGGAAAGCCAUUUUCAUGGCUCAUUUGGAAACUUUCCUUUUCGUUUCGUUCUUUUCUUUUCUUUACUAAGUUUAUUCAACUAUUCGCCUCUCCACGCAAGGAAGACGAAUUCUGGAACAAUGUUUGUUGAACCUUUCAAAUACCGCGCGAGGACAGAACAAAGGACCACGUGCUCCACGCUCACGCCAAGCGCAGCGUGCAUGCGCGUCACAUGGCCUCCGUUUCAUGGCACAUGGCUGUUUCAACGGGAACAGUGCGUAAAGCUCACAAGCUCGACGCCGAUCUCACGCCACUCACAUGGGACACCUUUUGCAAGUAUCACUUUCUCUAUGGAGAUUUAAAUGCUGCUUUAAAGUGUUGUUAUGAUCUGAUUUGUUGUUGGCUUCCCAAAAGUUACUGACUAUGAUUUUCAUACCUGAGCUCCUUAUGUGAUCCCAUUCUACUUCUUUCUCUCUCUCUCUCUCUCUCGCUCUCUCUCUCUCUCUCUCUCUCUCUCUCUCUUUUAUUUGGAUUCCGUUAUGUCUUGUAAAUGUUUAUUGUCUGUAUUUUCGUACGCAUAUUUACUCUGUGUGAUUUGUAGUUUGAUGUAUUACUAGUUGAAUUAUUAAAAACUCAUAUAUAAAAUGAUUGGCUUUGGACUCCACCCCACUCACAUUACGAGUCACUGAGAUGUGUCUGAUCUUUAGCUACAAGCUCUAAAUUUAGAAACUAAAUUUAUCAUAAGGAUAGGAUAAUAUUUUCAUGGCCAGAGAAUACUUUUCCUUGAAUUAUAAGGCGUGAUAACUUUAUUGAAAAUUGAUAAGUCUACAGUGGUGUGCAGGACAUACCACGGUUUGAUCUGCAGUAAUUUAUAGUAAGAGAUAUCACAAUAAUUGAUAUGAAGAAUGUAAUAUUGACAUAUUAAUGAGUAAAUUACAGUGCCCUGUGAUUAGUAUUGGUAUUGGCAAUUGAGCUAUUUUUCAUAAUCAAUAAAAUUAAAUGUAACUGUCAUCUGAGAUAUAUAUUAAUCAAAUUCUUGAUUAAUUAUUCAAAUUCCCUAUAUAUCAUUUGAGUUAAUUACUAUGUAAAACUCAUUGUUGUUA